AUGGAUGCUCCAACAACCGUCUUACGGACAUUUGCAUCCUUCUCUCUCCUUCUAUGGCUCUUUGUUAGCCCCUCCCUUGCGCAAAAUGACCCUGUCAAGAACUUUUGUCGGAGAUGGGGUCACCAGUCAGCUGUAGUGGAUCGGAAGCUAUACAUCGAUGGUGGUUUGAUCAACUACGAAGAUGCGACGAAUAACCUGACCAACACAUUCCUCUCCUUCAAUGACCUCGACGCCGUGAGCAGCGGUGGAAUGCCCCCGUUUUACGCCAACCUCUCCAAGAACGACACGAUUCCAAGCGUCAAUGGCGGCAUUUUAUGGGAAGACUCGAUCAAUAAGAGACUUUAUCUCUAUGGCGGUGAAUCAUAUCAGUCCCCUCCUCUAUCCUUCGAUCUCUACAGCUACGAUAUCCUCUACAAUCAAUGGGUGUCGUUUGGAUCUCCCCCCCGGGAAGUUCAAGCGGCUAGCUAUGGAGCUGGUGUUUCCAUCUCGUCAAGAGGCGAAGCGUACUACUACGGUGGAUGGCUAAGCAAUUCAUCUAUACAAGGCUGGUCGGGUCCACCUAGAGCAUCGAACGGCUUGAUCAAGUAUGAGAUGGAUUCGAAUAAUUGGAGCAAUAUGACGGGACCGGAUGAUACAGGACGAGCAGAGGGAACUAUGGUGUUUAUUCCAGCCGGAGAUGGCGGAAUGUUGGUGUACUUUGGAGGCGCUCAAGACCUGUAUGGCAAUGGAACCUUGACGCCUCAGCCAUUGGACGAGAUCUUCCUGUUUGAUGUUGCGAAUGCGAAAUGGUAUACGCAAAAGACAUCAGGCAAUACCCCUCAAAACAGACGUCGUUUCUGCGGAGGUGCAACUUGGGCAAAAGACCAUUCAAGCUACAAUAUUUACAUUUAUGGCGGCGGAGGCUUCCCUCCAGACACAACAGGCUAUGACGAUAUCUACAUCCUCACCAUCCCAAGUUUCCAAUGGAUCAGAGGCCCAUACCCAACCUACAAGAACGGCACUGGAGCCUUCCCCAAGAGCAUGAUGAGCUGCAACGUCGUCGACGAUGCGCAAAUGCUCGUCAUAGGAGGCACCUACUCCAACGCUACCGACAAAGUCUGCGACGUGCCGACAAUCCAGGGCGCUCACAACAUGAACCUUGGCAAGCAGAACAAGGAAGAUGCAAUCUGGGCACUGUAUCAGCCCAACCUGACCACCUACAUUGUGCCGAUUGACAUCCGAACGGCGGUUGGAGGCAAUUCCGCUGGUAGCGCUACCAAGACAACGCCCGUCAGCGGAUUCGACGCUCCAGAUUUGGCUGUACAGAUGGAAAGGACGGCAGGUUCGGGAACAAGGACGGCGACGCGCGCAACUGAUACAAGCACCAAAAAGCCAGCACCGCCAUCGCAUACGAGCAAGCCAUCUUCAGGACUCAGCACUGGAGCAAUAGCGGGAAUUGCCGUUGGGUGCAGUGUGGCGUUCAUCCUUGCGCUGUUAGGAAUUGGUUGUCUUUUCUACCGGCGUAGGAAGUACUACAGCCAGAGUCACGGUGUGGCGGCGCCACCACCACCACCAAUGGCUGUGAGUGGUACAACUGGCUGGGCAUCCCCUGCAUCUCCGUCUCAUACCGGAGGACAAUCGUGGCCUGCGAGUCCUCCAUCUGAACUAACCAGUGAGCAUCGGUCGCCUGACAUGCAUCAGAGGAUGACUCCCAAGAAUGAUUUUCAGGUUACUGGGGUCGGUGAGGGGGCUCCGCCAGCUGAGUUGGCGGGUGAGGGGAACAUGCAUGAAUAUCACUAUCAUGACGGACUGUCGCCGAUGGAGGGGACUUCACCUCAUAAUGAUUGGACGAGACAGUAG